CAUUUUCAAAUCCCAUCCUCUUAUAUCAUCAUUCACCAGACCCUCACUACUUCCUCUUUCAUUCUCAUUCUUCCAUCGCUUCACAUUUCUGAUUCUCCUUAAAUUUAAUUUACUCUUUCAUUUUUCUCUUCGCUGUUUGAUUCAAUCCGUGAUCGGAGAAUUCAUUUCUUCAUGUGGUUUUUAGUUCAUUCAAAAAAUUAUUGAUUUUUCAAUCUUUUUUACUUCAAUUUUAAUCUUUUUUUAGAGUUGUUUGUUUUAAUUGUCUUACAUUUUGCUGGAUUUAGUUAUUUGAUCUUGGAAUCGUUUCGGUAUAUUUUACCGAUUCGAUUUUGAGUUUUUGGGAUAUAGGUGGUAUAAUUUGAAUAGUUAAAUUCGGUUUUCAUUUUCGAUUAGGGUUAAACUUUUGUGGGUUUUAUAGGAUUUUUAUUUUUAUUAAGGGUUUGUGUUUUUUUCUUGCUGUUUUUUAAACAAAAAGGGUUUUUAGUGGGAAAAUAGUAGAAAAAUAAAAAAAGGAAAAAUGUUAGGUGCUGGCUUACAGUUUAAUCAGAAUCCUAGUGAUGAUCGGUUCUACAUUCCAGUAAAAAGCCGAAGAAAUUUUCAUAACAAUCAAAAGAACUAUCAACUUCAAAGGACUCAAAGUGAUAUUAUCAAUGGAGGGGUAAGUGCAGGAAUCAAUUAUAGAGACAAUCAUGUCGUAUCUGGGAGCAGGGAAACGGAACACCGGAACGAAGAGACAGUGGAACCGGCAGCCUUAUUGGAUUUCGAGGAUGAGGAGGAAGAGGAUUCAUCGAGUAAUAUUGAACGUUUUCUUGAGGCUAUAACUCCUUCUGUGAAUUGCCAUUAUCUUUCGAAGACUACAAUGAGAGGAUUGAGCACAUGUGAUGUGGAGUUUCAACCUUACUUUGAUCUGAGUGAUUUGUGGGAUUCAUAUAAGGAAUGGAGUGUUUAUGGGGCUGGAGUUCCUUUAGUAUUGAAUGGCAGUGAUUCUGUUGUUCAAUAUUAUGUUCCAUACUUGUCUGCUAUCCAACUUUACGUUGAUUCUUCUAAAUCACCCGUUAAGUCAAGGCGCACAAGUGAGGACAGUGAUUAUUUUAGUAGGGACUCAAGUAGUGACGGAAGUAGUGAUUCUGAGCGUGACAGGGGUUUGGCAUACUCAAGGGGCCAGCAGAAUCAGCAGACAGUGUUGCAAGAAGGUUUUUCAAGUGAUGAUGGUGAAUAUAGGGCCCAUCAAGGUUGCCUAUUGUUUGAAUAUCUUGAACAUGAUCAACCCUAUGGACGUGAACCUUUGGCUGAUAAGAUCUCUGAUCUGGCAUUGCGUUUCCCUGAGCUGAAGUCACUUCGCAGUUGUGAUUUACUGGCUUCAAGUUGGCUUUCUGUGGCUUGGUACCCUAUAUAUAGGAUACCUACGGGACCAACAUUGAAAGAUUUAGAUGCUUGUUUCUUAACCUAUCAUUAUCUAUACACACCCGUUGGAGAUGCCCCUUCUGCUCGAGCUCCGUUGGUGACUUAUCCCAGUGAGAUUGAUGGAAUUCCGAGGAUCUCUCUUCCCGUUUCUGGUCUCGCCUCAUAUAAAUUCAGAGCACCACUGUGGACCUCAAAAAGUGGGUGUGAACGUCUUUUGUUGAACAAGCUUUUGCAGGCAGCUGGUAAUUGGCUCAGACAACGCCAGGUCAAUCACCCUGACUACCUUUUCUUCUGUCGUAGCAGAUGAUGUUGUUAAAUAGAUCGUAACUGUACAUUGCCUACCAUUGUGGAGGAUGUGCAAGCGUCUCUGACAUGUUCUAGUUGUCUGUAUAUUAGUAGACAGUCUUUUUAAAGGGAAACAAAAAAAAUGUGUGAAAAAAAGGAAAAAGGGUCGGAAAAAAAAUGAAAAAAAGGAUAGGAGGUUGUUCCAGUGCCAGUAUAGUUUAAAGGUCCGGCUGGAUUGGGAUAGAAACAGGGGUGCAGCGGACAAAGCUUGCAACCAGAGUCCAGAAGUGUCGAUGUGUCGAAACUUGUAAUUUUCCAUUUUAAUCUUGAUUUCAUAUGAGCAGAUGGGAAAUAGGCUGUGUUUAUGUUCUAUCUGAUCCACUGCCCUGAUUAUCAGUGACCAGAAUAUAACUGAUAUAAAUUUGUUGUGGGGGAUUUUGAUAGUUUAGGUGGUUUUGUCGGAUUUUGUUGUUGUUUAAAACUAUAUAUAGACUAUAGAGUAGGUUAUAGUUAUAGAAUAAAACUUAAAAAUUACUCUAAUUGCUUCUACUCUCAUAUAUCUUUGUUGGUGAAUCCAACAUGGUUUAGGUGCUCCUCUUUGUACAACUACCAAGAUGGUUGUACUUGUAAGCACAUUUACGGUACGCCAUUGACCGUCUUGUUCAUUUGGCGCCACCAUUUCUGUCCUUUCAUUUCCUCAGUCUACUCUUAAACGUAAAAAGCUCAGACGUUUUAAUGCCUAAUCCUACUGAAAAUGUGAACUUAAUUUUGUUAAUGCAAAAUGAAGUCUCUUUAACAAAUAAAACCACAAAACAACUUGGCUUGGACACUUCUACACCCUCUCUGCUCCACCCCCUUCCACCAUUUACAAUUAUUUUCAUUAAAUACUACUAUUUGGAAAAAUUAUCAGAAAUAAUAUAACUUUUUGCAUAUUUUCUUAUAAUAUUACAACUUUUAAUUAACCAUAAAU